UCAUGGCGUCUCCCAGUGGGAAGGGAUCCCGGGCGUCCGCGGCUUCUGGCUCCGGGCCGCUGCUGCCCCCCGGGGAUCUGGUGGACUCGGUGGACGACGCCGAGGGGCUGUACGUUGCGGUCGAGCGGUGUCCACUGUGCAACACCACCCGCCGCCGGCUGACCUGCGCCAAGUGCGUCCAGAGCGGCGAUUUCGUCUACUUCGACGGCCGCGACCGGGAGAGGUUUAUUGACAAGAAAGAAAGGUUAAGCCGACUUAAGAGCAAGCAAGAAGAAUUUCAGAAAGAAGUAUUAAAGGCCAUGGAAGGAAAACGGCUAACAGAUCAGUUGAGAUGGAAAAUAAUGUCCUGCAAGAUGAGGAUUGAACAAUUGAAACAAACAAUCUAUAAAGGAAAUGAGGAAAUGAAGAAAAAUUCUGAAGGCCUACUCAAAAGCAAGGAAAAGAACCAGAAGCUCUACAGCCGAGCACAGCGGCACCAGGAAAAAAAGGAGAAGAUUCAGAAGCACAAUCGCAAACUCGGGGACCUGGUAGAAAAGAAGACCACUGACUUGCAAAAUCACUAUGAGCGACUGGCGCGCCUUCGGCGAUCGCGCAUAUUAGAGCUCACCUCGGUCAUUUUCCCCAUCGAUGAAGUAAAGACUGCGGUGAGAGAUCCUGCAGAUGUGUCUUCGGAGAGUGACAGUGCCAUGACCUCAAGCAUGGUGAGCAAGCUUGCUGAGGCCCGGAGAACAACUUACCUCUCUGGAAGAUGGGUCUGCGAUGACCACAAUGGCGACACCAGCAUUAGUAUUACAGGGCCUUGGAUUAGCCUCCCAAACAAUGGAGACUACUCUGCCUACUAUAGUUGGGUGGAAGAGAAGAAAACGACACAGGGGCCUGAUAUGGAACAUAACAACCCUGCCUACACCAUCAGCGCCGCACUGUGCUAUGCCACGCAGCUGGUCAACAUUUUGUCUCAUAUACUUGAUGUCAAUCUUCCCAAAAAACUGUGCAACAGCGAGUUUUGUGGAGAAAAUCUCAGCAAACAGAAAUUUACUCGAGCAGUGAAGAAACUGAACACAAACAUCCUUUACCUUUGCUUUUCUCAGCAUGUAAAUUUAGAUCAGUUACAACCACUGCACACUCUCAGGAAUCUAAUGUACCUGGUCAGUUCGAGCUCUGAGCACCUGGGCAGGUCAGGACCCUUUGAAGUACGAGCAGACCUGGAGGAGUCCAUGGAAUUCGUGGACCCUGGAGUCGCUGGAGAAUCAGACGAGAGCGGAGACGAGCAUGUAAGCGAUGAGGAAACUGACCUGGGCACGGACUGGGAGAACCUGCCGAGCCCCAGGUUCUGUGAUAUCCCUUCCCAGCCGGUGGAAGUCUCCCAGAGCCAGAGCACCCAGGCGUCCCCGCCCAUUGUGAGCAGUAGUGCAGGCGGGAUGAUCUCCUCUGCUGCAGCCUCGGUGACCUCCUGGUUCAAAGCUUACACUGGACACCGCUAAUGAGCAUGGACCAAGACAUGCCAGUUUGUGUCACAAAAAUCUCUCCCUCUGCACUCUAGUAACCUUGUCUGUAUAGUUACAGUAGUGCCUGGAACCGAAGGAGGUUAAACCAUCAUUUGUUGUUUCCAGCAGAGAAACAAGCUCUUGUGCCUGUCAGGUGUCCUGUGGUGGUGACUGACAUGCUUAGGACAGUAGAGCAGAGGGUGCAGAGGUCUUUCUGUUCAGACCAGCAGCAGCAGCAGGACCUAUGGCCAGUGUGUUAGGUCCUCUGAGGCCCCCUUGUGUCCCAGUCCCCCUGAACCCCACAACGUGCUGGUUCCUGUGAUGCUGAGACUCUUCCCGACACUCAGUUCUAGAGGUUGGUCAGAUCUCAAGGAAGUGGUUUUUGGUGAUGAGGACUGUAAAGACAAAACUGAGUUUGUUUUUUCUGUCACCUUUUGUAAGCCACUCACCAGUAGCAGUUUUGGUCUCGUUGGGGUGGGGGUCUUUUUCUGGAGAGUAAGGAGUUAAAGCUCAUCUCUUAUGCUGCUCUGUUAUAGUUCAUCACAUUCCUGGUAUUCUUCCCCACACACCAAAGAAACUAAGGUCUUUAUUUGUAUAGGACCCACAUUCAUGAGUGGGAAAAAGCCUCACUGCAAUAAUGUUUAGAAAUGUCUAAACUGUAUUGGGGAAAUAAGUUCAUUCUUACCUAGGUUACUGGGUUUCUUCUGUCCACACUAUAUUCUUUUUAAAAUGGAACUUAUUUUCUAGGAGUGAAAAUGGCUCCUUCCCUGUGUGAGCUAAGUGCCUGCCUGGGCACCAGCCAAAGCCACUUGAUUCAUUCUGUGCGUUUUCUUCCUGAGAGAGCUAGUGACAGGUGUUCCUGGGGAAACCCCACUGCAUGUUUCCUGGAGGUCUCCAUGGCCUUGUGUGGAGUGCAGAGCACCAUGGAGCUGUCCCAGGAAGAGCUCAACUAUCAAGGAAUUUCUUUCACCAAAACACCGCUUUCAGCUAAUGUGUCUUGUCAUUCUCUUAAUGACAAUCUUACAGAAAACUAUGAGAGGCAUUAUGUACAAAUUUGUAAGUAGUACUUUUUUAUUUUUAAUAACUGCAAAGAAAGAAAUUCUGUGUAACAACUACAAAAAGAAAUCCUAAGAGAAAGAUUCCUCACAGGCAUUGUUACCACGUCUAGUGUGACUAGCAGGAUAGUUCCUCAGGUAAGUCACUCAGAGGUUUGCCACGCCCUGGCUUCUUUUUCAUUGUAAUUGUUAGCGUUGAUACUUUGCCUCCAGAUCUGAGGUGCUACAUAGCCUUUGCUAUUGGUGAACUUGGCACUUGGUAGAGUUGGGGUAGAGCUGCAGGAGGACUUAUUCCUACCCAGAAGCCCCAGGUUCCCUGGCUCUGUUGAGUAUCCCACUUGGGGAGGAGACAGCCUUUUCCUCUUGUGGGUGCUCCUUCAGCUGGAGUUGCUCUGUUAAGUGCUCAUCUUGGUGGUUGUUGGGCUUGCAUUUGGCCAUCUACUUCUGGAAUUUGCAGAGUAGGUCUGGCAGAAUGAACAAAUGCCAGCUGGAAUAUUCAUGUGAGUGAAGAGAAUGUGGAGGGCACAAACUCAUGUCUAGAGCAAUUCAACAAAACGAUGUGUUAAGUAUAGGGAUGAUAAGGUGUAUUUUGUUGUUAAUGUCAACUAGAGGCACUUUAUGUCAGGUUCACUUACGUCAAGGUAUGUAAUCGGACCCUUCAAUGACUGAACACCAACAUACUGGCCUACACUGCUGAAAUACUUGGGUUUCAUUAUUUUGCACUGGAUCCACCUGUAAAUAUUCUUGAAAUAGACAUUUCAACCACUGUUUGUUUUUUUUUUUUCUACUCUUUGCUGCUCAUUAAAACCUUUCAUGUAGGUGCCAGAACAAUAUGUAAACAGCUUUCUGAAAAGUGAAGCUGGCAAUUUUUUUUUUAAACAAAAAGCCAUAGAAGUUGGUCACGUUUUCCAUUUUUAAAUGAUUUAUUGAAACACGAUAAUACUAAUAAAAACGUAGCGGCACCAGAUAGGCUGCUUUAAAUGGUCUCACAAGACACUUUUAUGUACUGGAACGUAAUGGAGAAAAGUUUGCACAUGUGGAACUUAACUGGGGAAAUGGUGUGUCACCAGGGGUACGGCAAGCAGGAUUCGGGGAGGACUCGGGUUUGCUUUGGGAAAGAACUGCAGUGUCAGAGUCACCUCGCUGUGUCACGGGGCAGGAAUUUCCUUUUGCUUGGAGACUUCCAAACCGGGUUGAGUCAUACAAAUGUUUUCUAAACUUUUAUUGUGUUACUGCAAUAAAUCCUUUAACAGAACUUUA